GCCGGAGACUCGAGAAAACCAGAGACUGACUCGCCAGGAGAGGCUGGCCCAGAUCAUGAACGGGCAAGUGAACCACAAAUGUCCAGCUGACACGACGGUCAUCAAUCUCUACAUAGCGUCUGGACUCACAGACGCCGAAGCUGAGAGGUCCUUCAUGCAAGAACACCUGUACCCUCACCUGCGCACCUACUGCAAGGAGCGAGGUCAUGAACUACGAGUCAUUGACCUUCACUGGGGGUUCAAGGACGUCCUGACAGACGAUCACAGUAUCCCAGAGUUGAUGACGUCAUACAUAAAACGUGCACGUGAACCAGAGCUUGGAGUUAACUUUGUGAUCUUUCUGGGUCAGAGAUACGGCACAUAUCUGCUUCCUGCAGAAAUCCCCAAAGCCGAGUACGAGGCUUUAUGUGCAGCUGCGAGGGCAUAUCGUGAUAAACACAGAGGUCUUCUGCAGAUGAAAAUGUUGGAUAUCCAUACCCGAUGGCAAGAGAGGGACAAGUUGAAGACCAUUGAUGAAUCCUCGUCCUCUGCUGGCACACCCAGCGGCAGCAGUAACGGAGCCGAGAGCGCCCGAGAGAGCGAGAAGAACCCAACGUCAGCCCGCACAAAUACCACAGAGGACACGGAGGACAGGGAGACCAGCAGUCCCGGGGUUUCUGCCACGGCCAAGGAACUCCGCAGGAAGCAAAGUAUUGUCAUCAAGAAGGACCAGCAGCUAAUGAAGCAACUGAAAGAGGCGGAAGAACAGCUUCCAGACGCUGACCUACUAGACAAGUGGUAUGAACUAGACGAAAACGCGGUUCCCGCUGUCUACAGGCUGCAGAAUAUUAGCACUGUGUACAAAGACAUCAACCGUAACGAUGCAGGGAAAAGAAGCGCGGCCAAAUCUUCUUUUGCCGCUACGGCCUCCCAGAUGGUCAAUGUCUUGCAGAAGUUCGGGUCAGAAGUGAUAGCGGACAAGAUAGCUUUGCAGCGGUACUACACUUCAGCUCUGAGUUUGGAAGUGGAAGAAAUCUUUAAGCAUGAUGCAGCCGCACAACACACGGUAGUCCUGGUUAGGACCAUUGAACAACUGACCACUCGCCUUGAUGACGUGGCAGCUCCUGACUACACGGACAGACUCUCAGAGAAGCCGCCCAAACUGGACACAGAGACCUCCAGCAGGAUUGACGACAUAAGGAUGUCACUGCCGACAAAGGUCCCUGAACACAACACUGGCUCAUUCCUGCUGGAGUGGUCAUCCGGCGGGGUGCGGCCAGCAAUUGUCCGAGAGCAUGCUGUCUAUACAGAGAGGGUGUGCCGGACUGUCUCUGACAUGGUCAAGCGGAACUUGGCCGCCUCAGAGGAGGAAAAGGUCACGGGAGACACUAUGACCCUUACUGGUGCCAGAGGGAUGACGUCACGACUGUGUGAGGAAAUAGCCCAGCACGUUCGGACAUGCCAAGAAAAAGCACGCAGUUUCCAGGGCCGGAAAGAGCAUCUGACCUUGGUCAAGUCGUACCUCAAGGCCAAAACACGACGUCCGUUGAUCCUCUACGGAAAGACAGGUUGUGGGAAGUCAGCCAUCAUUGGGAAAGUCGCCAAGGAAAUUUCCCGUUGGUACAGAGGGUCUGACCAGAGUCCAAGAGUACUUGUGCGCAUGAUUGGAAGUACUAUGACGUCAACAAACGUACGCAUGAUGCUCCGGGACGUCUGCUUGCAGCUGUGUCACAUGUAUGGACACAACCCAGCGGAAAUACCCACAGUAAGACCUUCUAAUAUCACAUUUUCUCCUUACUGUAUUUUAUUGACAGACGAAAAUGAGGGGCGCAAACUUCAGUGGCUUCCCCCUGAGCUACCUCCCCACGUUCGCCUCAUCAUCUCCACCGUCUCAGAAGACAAGUUCGAUUGUCUCCCCUCCGCCCGGAAGCUUCUUGCAGAGCAUGAGGACUGUCUUGUUGAAGUAGGUCAACUGCCGGAACACGAUGCCAUGAUCAUUCUGGGGCAGUGGCUAGAGAAGGCACACAGGAACCUGACAGACCUCCAGUUUGAAGUACUGGUAGAAGCAUUCAAGAAAUGUCCGUAUCCGCUGUUUUUGAAGCUUGCGUUUACAGAAGUAGUGUCAUGGACAUCGUACAUGAAGUCAGAGUUCAUCAAACUGGGAGACAACGUGAAAAAGAUUGCCACUCUUCGCUUCGGCCGGUUGGAGCGAGACCACGGGGAACCUCUGGUCCGUAGAGCUCUGGGCUACAUCUCUGCCUCCCGUAAUGGCAUCGCUAGCAACGAAAUGGAAGACAUUCUCUCACUCGAUGAGGCUGUCAUGGAUGACGUGAUGACCACCCACAAGCCUCCACGACGGAGACUUCCGACGUUACUAUGGCUACGGCUCCGCGAAGACAUGAGGGAUUUGAUUUCCGAGAGCAGAGCAGACGACACGAGAACCAUUACGUGGGCGCAUUCUACCAUCUCGGAGGCGUCUGACGAGAGAUAUCUAGUGCAGAGAGACAAAGCACCCUCGUACCACAAAGCGUUGGCGGAGUAUUUUCUUGGCUUGUGGGCGGGGAAGGCAAAGCCCUACUCUGGUAACGAUAAAGGGAGUGACCGACUUGUCUCUGAGCAGAACUUUUUUUUCGAGCCGGAGAACUCCCUUGGUGAUGGAUCUGACCGCUUGUACAAUCUACGCAAAAUCAACGAGCUGCCUUUCCACCUCACACGCGCCCAGCAAACGUCGACACUGAAGCAGGAAUGCUUGUGUAACUUUGAGUGGAUGCUAGCGAAAUUAUGCGGGACGUCGCUUCGUGCACUUUUUGAGGAGUACCAGACAAUACUGAUGGCUGAGCCGCACGAGCCAGAGCUAAGACUUUUGUCAGACGUACUUCACCUUUCAGGCAAGGCCUUGAGGAGCGAACCCCGGCAGUUAGCAUCUCAGAUUAUUGGUCGGCUCUACCGCAUCAUCACAACAGACAACCCACGUGCACCUGGUGACCCGAAGAAGUAUCCCAACCUUCACCCUCUUCUGGCAGCGGCGAAGAACUCAUCCGUCCCAGCUCUGAUCCCUUCCGUGGAAUGUCUAACUGAGCCAGGUGGCAUUCUCUUUGACCUUUUAUCAGGUCAUUCUGACCCUAUCACAGCCCUUGCUCUCACCACAGACGGCAUGAGGGCUCUGACUUCUUCCAAAGACGGGACCAUCAAGCUUUGGGACAUUCGCUCAGGGAAAGUUGUCAAAUCAAUCGACGGAAUUGGUCCCGAGGUGUCCGCGAUACGCACAGCCAAAAGUAACACGCUGGCAUUCACUGUUGAGAAGUCAGUUAUCAAAGCUUGGAGCCUGAAAACCGGGAAAUGUAUGUACACGAUCGAUGAGUACCCAGAUCCUGCGUGUAUAUCUGUAGCUGCCGAGGGACAGGUCCUGGCAUGUGUGUUUGGCGGCGCAAACAUUUUCCGGAGCUGGAGUGUCGAUGAUUUCUCCUUGUUGUGCGAAGCGGAGAUUCCAGAUAAUAGCGUGCACAAGGACAACUCGAUUCUCAUCGCUGAUUCUUCUUAUGGUGAGCACGUUCUACACGCUUUCCGGAGCGGUAACUUCGCCACAGUCCAGCAUGCACGCUCGGGAAAGAUGAUGAAAACCCUCCAAUGCCACGACAAAUCUUCCUCCAUCGUGGCUCUGGCGAUCUCCCGUGAGUAUUUCAUCCUAUGCUGCAGACAGCAGUUCAUGGCACUCCAUGAGAUCCACACACUGGAACUCUUUGACGCCAAACGUGGGACCUACAUCCGUAGCGUCCGUGGGUGUAUCCAUGACAGCAUACGGUGCUUCUUCGUCAACCUCAUCGGCUCUCACGCCAUUGCCGUCUGCGCCACUGCCCGGAACAACACGUCAGACAUUGCCCUGUGGAACCUGGAGACAGAAGACCACAAGCAUCUGGCCACACACCCGUGCGUCUCCACCAUGGGGGCGUGUCUCGACUUCCGCUAUUGUAUGACAGGAGCUGAGGGAGAGAACUCCCUUAGGAUUUGGGAUCUUACCAGCAAGGUCAACCAACCAGCUCCCAAGUUGAAGAAACAGUUGGGUGUUUGUGAUAUCUGGCCCAUGAUCGACAAUCCGAGAUAUGUGGUUGCCAAGGCCAUCAACAAUGGACCAAUCAGCGUGUGGAAUCUCAUCAAGGGAAAGUGCCUACAGUCUGCUGUGAGGAUUGAGAGAGGAUUGACUGAGGGCUCUGACGCGCUGAUCAUGCGUAACACUCGACUGGUCAUCUUGACUGACCGCGGCUUCUCCAACGUGACGGAAGACGCCCGUCCAGUUUUCCAGACCGUGCUCGUCUACGACCUCAAACUCAAGAAGUACGUCCGAAAACUCCCCGGCUGUUACAUUGUUCCAGCGCCCUCCCAUGAGUACGUUCUUCUUGACAACGACAGUCUCCUCGGCCCUUCCGACAACCGUUCUCACUUCAUCAUCUGGAAUCUCGUGACGGGCCAUGCUAGCUCCAGGAUAAAGACGGGCUUCAGAGAGUUGGAGAGGAGGAGAAUGGAACAAGGGAUCCAAAUCACGGACGUGCCUUUAAAGGUCAAGAGAAAGACGUCAGCUCAGAUGACGCCAUGGGACAGACGCUCAGAGUCCAAAUCUGCCCGGCGUCGUCGACAAGAACUGGAAACGGAGAAAGAAAAACAGCGCUUAGAGGAGCUGAGGAAAGAAAAGGAUAAUGUUGUGGAGCAAUUUCUCGUCAGCGGAGACCAGAAGACGAUCGUGGCUGCUUUCUACGCCCACCACCUUUGCGUCUUCGACAUCCCCUCACAGUUGCACACCCAGACUCUUCAGACGGAAUACUCCAUGAUGUUUCUGCACACUGCAGCCUUGACUCACGACGGCGGCCAUCUUGUAAUCGCUAACUAUGACGAAGACAGCAAGAUCAGCUAUGUCACGCUAUGGGACUGCACCACUGGGGAAGUAAAGAGGAGGUUAAAAAAGGAGACAAAUGUGAGUGCUUUGGCCAUCACUGAUGACGCUCAGAGAGUCAUCAUUGGCCGGAGCCCUAAUGAGCUACAUGUAUGGGAUCCAAUGAAAAAUAACUCUCUCAGACGAAUCCGGGGAUACGAAGACUUGCGUUUUGAAAUGAACUCAAAAAUCUUUAUCGUUGACGAUGGUCAAAAAGCUGUUGUCUUCGCUGGAGAUAUCUCAAUGUGGGACAUCGAGAAAGGUACGGUCUUGUCUGUGUUCAGUCCUGACACACGCAUCAUGACGUGUAAUGUAGUCCUGAACGGUCAGCUCAUUGUGUUUGGCUUGUACGACAAACCGGAGCUGGUCAUCUUGAAGCUGACAGGAGACAGGCUGAAGCCUUUAGAAGAUACCGAAGGAGUUAAUCUGUUCGGUGAAACAAAUGAUGAAACUACAGAUGACGAUGAAGAUGAGGAUGAAGAAGACUGAUUGACGUCUAAAAACAUGGUACACUCUGUACAGACAACGAAUGUUUUAUGGAGUGAUAGAACAUAACAUUUCCAGGAAUUAUAAGUUGAGCGUGAUUGCAUGACUGUUCUUAACUAAUUAUUUCCCAAUCUCUCUCUCUCUCUCUCUCUCUCUCUCUCUCUCUCUCUCUCUCUCUCUCUCUCUCUCUCUCUCUCUCUCUCUCUGUCUCUCUCUCUCUCUCUCUUAAGUAUCAUGCACGUGUAUAAUAUACAAU